CCACAUCCUUUGAGCUCAACACAUAAAGACAAGAGUGUGCAUCAGGGUGGGUUUCAGUGUUUCUCACCCUCACAUCAAAGAGAGAGAUCAGAAGAAAUGUUUCAUCAGAGGGAUUUCACAGUUUUUUUGUCCUGCUUGGCACUCGUCAUUGUCCAGUCAAGUCAUGGUUCUGAGAUUAUUGGUGGGAAAGAAGUGGAGCCCCACUCACUGCCCUUCAUGGCUCUGCUUCAGAAGGACAAACCACAAUGUGGAGGGAUACUGAUCGAUCGGUCGUGGGUCCUGACUGCUGCCCACUGUACAGACAUGAAGAAGGUGUUGCUGGGGGUGCACUCCAUCAAAGCAGAUGAAAAGAAUUCCAGGCAGGUUAUAAAGGUUAAGAAAUCUUAUCCUCAUCCCUGCUAUGAUCCAGUAGAACAUGACAAUGACCUCAUGUUGCUCAAGCUUGGCAAAUCAGUGAAGGAAACCAAGACAGUGAAGUGUCUCAAGGUCGGUAACACCAUCAAAGAACCGUCAGCUGGCACCCACUGUACGGUGGCAGGAUGGGGCAGAACAAACAACGCUGUUGCGAAAAUGUCAGACGUCCUGAUGUCUGUUAAUGUGACUGUGAUCGCUAGAGUGACAUGCAACUCCCCUGAAUAUUACAACUCCAAACCAGUUAUCACCAGCAGCAUGAUAUGUGCUGGUUCAGACGGUAAAAAGAAUACUGACACCUGUCGGGGGGAUUCAGGAGGCCCACUGUUGUGCGGCGGAGCGCUAGUUGGAGUCACUUCUUUCGGAAUCAAGUGUGGCCUGAUUAAAAAGCCUGGAGUGUACUCUUACCUCUCAGCUAAACAACUCCACUGGAUCAAAAUGACAAUGAAGAAGUCUGACGCAUGAGUAGCACCCACUCUUUAAGAUUCUGUAUUCACAAACCAUGUUAACCAAUUCAACCACUCCUAUCUUUAAGCUUUGUUUGUGCCAUACAGCUUCCGCUGCAAUAACGCCAGGCAAAAUGGAUUGAGAUGAGCCGUCUCUUUAACAUGAAAGCAAAUCAAGUGACAUUACUCAACCAGACGAUUCACCACUUCCUGCAUCAAGAGCCUGCAUUAAAACUGAGGCUUCAGCUCAAAUCUUGUGGAAAGAUUAGGUCACUAAGGUCAAUUCUGGGUCAUGUUUUAGUAUCCCCUCAUCACAGAUCUAUGUACUGUACUUAUAGCUUGAAAACCUUGCAGAAACAAUAUUUUCUACUGGCAUAAAGGCAGAGUCAGAAAAAUAAAUGUAUUUAUUUUCUCUUGGCUGUCUUUGGUAUUCGUACCACUCUGUCUCUUUCAAAAUGUAUUCUCAUUAAAGCAGUGAAUAAUUUCA